AUCGAUCAGACAUUUGUUCCAUUGUGAAUUACUCGAACGUAUUGCGAAGAAGAGACAAAUUGUCAGAAAAAAAUUCCAAUUUUUUGUUCAAUUUCUUGCAAGAAAUCAAUAAAUUUCAACAAUGUUGUUCGGUCAAAGCGUAAAAUUAAUGGGACGCCAGUUGAUGCAAAAUACUGUGCGUAACGGAUCCCAUGGAGGUGUUCCCGGAGAGAAUCUCCCGUUCCAGAUCCAAAACAGAUACCGAUUAACUGCAUUGUUCAUUCUGUUCUUUGGAAGUGGAAUCGCCGCCCCCUUCAUGAUUGUCAGACAUCAACUGCUUAAGAAGUAAAUUAGUCUAGAUUGUUCAGAACUAUUCAUCAUUCUUAGCAAUUGCCGUUAGUAAAGGAUGAACUCCCGCACCAUCUUGGAAAUAUUUAAUGUAACACGAUUGCGUGUAAUACAAAAAUAGAAAUUUAAA